AUGGUGGAGAAGGCCUGGGUAUGGGCCCACGAGCACAAGGUUCUACGCAAAAAUGAGGUGCACGGGGAGGAGGAAGCCAAGCUGAUUUUGACCGAAGACUUCGAUCUCCUCGACGAGGAGGGCCAGGAGAUUAGCAUGAGCGGAACAGUGGAAAUGGAGGACGAGAGUGGGUUCCUGCUGAAAGACGAGCUUCCCUCGGUGCAUGCCUCCAAUGCAGAUGUCUUGGCCGGCAAGAUCGGGGAUGACUUUCCCCAGUCUCCAGCAAAACGUGUCUCCGUUGGCGAUUUUGGCUGGGAAAAGCUGGCUGCUGCUGAUGGUGCACGAGCUGCCGGGCUCAAAGAUCAACUCAAGGAGUCGCUCAAGGCCCUGAAAGGCUUUUUCAAGGAGUUGCAGAACAAGCAAGCAGAUGCUAUCAACCGGGCUUACAACGACUCCUUGCUCAAGCUCUAUGCCAACAUCACGAAGCAAGACCUGGUGAUGAACAAUCUGGCGGCGCGGGCCAGGCAGCAUGUGCCCCCGAGGAGCAUCAAGGGUGCAAGAUCUGUUGCUGGGGUUAAGCCCAAGCCCAAGAAGAGCCCCAAGAAAGAGGGCAAGAAGAAGGCUCCUGCUGCUAAGGGUGGUAAGAAGGCCCGCGCUUAA